CCCAUUCGUCGACAGCUGUCGCACUCGCUCAUCAGCACCCCCGCUCCGUCUUGGAGAUUCGUGAACAUCUGCCUUACUGCCCGGUCCCCGCCCCCAUCGCUAUCGACCCGCUGUCGCGAACGAGUCCUCUGACGGAUCCUCUCCCGCUCCAACCUCCCUGCCGAUACUCCGCCUUCGCUGCACCUGAGAAUCCCAAGUCAUGGACGGCGAUUCGCCCCGAUGGAAGCCCUUCGAGACCACCUCGAGUGUCCGCUAUCCCUUUGGCCGCAACAUGCGCCGAGAGUUCCCCGAAACGCACUACCUCGUUGUUUCGGUGCUGUUCAUCUGCCAGAAGAUCCUGAAGGAGUACCGCAGCGACCUUGACAUGCUUGAGCCGGCAUUAAUGGCCAUGCCCGAGUAUCCCAUGCUCCAGCGCUCCCUCGAUGUCGAGGCGGCCCUGUCGGCCGUCCAGAUGUGUCUCGAUGUGUUUCCCAUGGCCGACAACAUUGUCUCGCCGUCGUGGAAGCUGAAUCCCAAUAUUCCACCCGGUCCUCAGGAGCCAGCAGUGGCACCGGCACCAGCCCCGGGCGGAGCCGUUUCUCGGGAUGCCCAUGGUUGCGUAUCGCAAGCAUCAAUCGCGGCAACCGACAGCAUCUCUACCGUCACCGCCGCCACUCCACAGCAAACUCCGUCAUCAGCCCAAAUUGCCCAUCCACCACCUCCUUCGGGCCUGUGCGUCCCACGUCCGAGCGACCAGGCUCUGCAACUCGAUCAAGAUUCACGGCACAUCAUCAGAGACAUCGACAGCAUCCAUCUCACGCCGCCGCGACCAGCCUCUAGCUCUAGCACGGCUGUUUCCAUGCGACCGGCGUCCCAGGAUAUCCGGCGCAGCAGGAGAACACCCUCGUUGGCAGCAACGUUUCCGCCCGAUAUUCUCCAUUUGAUUCUGAAGCGCUUCGCCCCAGAUGGCUUGCGACCGCAUUCUGCCAACAUUGUCUUCAAGCACCACCAGUUCAAUCUGACCAACUGCUGUCUGGUCAACCGACACUGGAACCAAGUCGCCACUCCGAUUCUCUGGGCCGUGCCGGUACUCUGGAGCCCAGAGAAUCUCGAAAAGUUCUCGCUUCGGUGCAUAUGGUACCAGGCCAACGAGAAACUGCGGCGACGGCACCACCAAAAUGGGCUGCCCCGUGCCCAUGGAGCUCCGGUAUCUUUGUAUGCCCCUCGCCACGACCCGAGCGGCUCAGUUGCGCUCGGUGUCAGAGCCACCCAGCCAGCAGCCGACCUGACAGCGGCCGACCGGUUUGUGUUUCGCAGAAACGUCGAGCCACUUCACUUUGUCCGUGAGAUGCAUGUCCAAUUCCACGGCCGUCUGCGGGAUGCCAUGACCGACUAUCGUCAGCGCCUGACCUUCCAAGGCCUGUCGCUGAUCUCCAAGUGCAUGCCGAAUCUCAGCAGGCUCUGUUUGGUGGGCAUGGACCUGGCCCUCUCCCAGCUCGAGUCGUUCUUCGAGCACUGUCCAAAGCUGGUGGGCUUGCAAGCCGUCCUGGCCGGGCCCGAGUAUACCGAGAUGCAGCCCAGCUCGAUCAGCGACUCGCAACUGAUCGUGCAGUCCCUGAAACAGAUGCAGUGUCUUGAUCUCGGCCAGGAGGACGAGAUCGUCAUCGGCCCGCGUGGCGGACAUUCGACCUUCCUGGAUCUGCUUGUACAAUCCCUUGGCGACAACCUGCGCGCAAUCGAGCUCUCCGAGUCCCUCGUAACCACCGAGCAGAUGAUCACGCUGUGCAAGAACUGCCCAAAUAUCAUCGCUCUGGAUAUCAACUCGUGCGAGAACCUCGACGACGAGCUCUUCACUGCGCUGCCCAAGCUGCUGCCCAGGCUCGAGGCCCUGGUGAUUUACCCCAACUGGUCCCUGACCAACGACGGUCUCAUGGCGCUUUGCAAGGACGCACACAAUCUGCGAGUCCUCGACGUGGAUUUGGCCGAGCUCGACACCGCCGCGGCGUAUUCGGCGUUUACUCGGUACCUACCAAGGCUCCAGUGCAUAUCCUUGGGAACUUGCGUUCACGAUGAUAUCCAGGUGCUUCUGAGGUUCUUGGAUGCCAUCGGCCCACGACUCUUGUCGCUCAACCUCGCCAGCAGCGAUGUUUCCGAUGCUCUGUUGAGCCAUCUCACCUUGUCGACCCCGAUUCUUCACUCACUUCGCUUGGAGCUCCUCGACCACGACAGCGAAGACGAUGCCAUCAUGAGGCAGACGGAUGAUCCGCAUACCAUCUCUCGCAGCGCCCUGACCGAGACCAUCGAGCGACUGCCCUUCCUGUCGGCCUUGACCCUGAUGACCUCCCAGGGCGACGAGGUGUAUCCCGACAUUCUCGAUGGGUUCCAUGAGGUGCUUUCUCUGAACCCCGUCAACUCGUACUUUAUCCUUGGCGAGCGCUAUUUCAACGACUUUUGCUCGGUGAGGACGACAUAGACAAGCUCGGCGCCGCCCACCAAGUAAAGCAGGGGGGAAAGGGAUGGUGAGGAUAGCCCUAUAUAUGUGACAGAUGGCCACUUUUGUUUCUGGACCCGAAUAUACGUCCAUCCAUUCAUUCGUCAUCCGAUGGUCA